CUGCCUACCCCUAAAUUUAGUUCCAGCCUUCUAGGGUUGGACUUUGGAGUGUAAUUGGCCACCAGGCCGGGCCGGGCCGGGCCGGGCCGCCCAGGGGAAAAAAGAAAAUCAAUCGAAGAGCAGCAUCCUAACGGAAGUCCCGAGAGCCAUCACUUCCCGGAACCAGCCAGCGGCCAUCUCCAGCACAGGCGACGGCUGAACUGAAACCAGAGACGCAACUGAAGCUAACCCAAAGAAGGAAUCAAGCAAAGGUAUUGAACAGGGCAAGCAAAGAAUGGUCUUUCGAUCGAUAUUUGACGCUCCAGAAAUCAGAAGCGAGUUUGAGAAAGCAGGGGUCAGCCUUCAAUUCAUCCCAGUGAUUUGGAAGCAUGUGGUUAAGAACCCUACCUGUGAAUGGGAUGAUAUACCCAGCCUGCCGUCUGCUGCAUACUCAGUUCUCCGCUCAAAGUUCAGACCUUUAACUUCUAUUGUUGACUCUGUUAUCGAUUCAAGUGAUGGGGUCACUACCAAACUCCUCAUUAAGCUUCAGAAUGGAGCAUUUGUCGAGGCAGUUGUUAUGAGGUAUGACAGUCGUUUGGGGAGGUAUGAUGGCAAAACUCGUCCCGGUGGCCCAAGGUCAACGCUCUGUAUUUCUUCCCAGGUUGGUUGUAAAAUGGGUUGCAAGUUCUGUGCAACUGGAAGCAUGGGAUUCAAAAGCAACCUAUCCUGUGGAGAAAUUGUUGAACAAUUAGUUCAUGCUUCUCGCUUGUCAGAUAUACGCAAUAUUGUCUUCAUGGGGAUGGGUGAACCAUUGAACAACUAUACCAUGUUGGUAGAAGCUGUUCGUGUUAUGUUAGCACCUCCAUUUCAGAUCUCACCAAAGAAAAUGACUGUAUCCACGGUUGGGAUAAUCCAUGCUAUCAACAAGCUGCACAAGGAUUUGCCUGGUUUGAACUUGGCAGUAUCGCUCCAUGCACCUGUUCAGGAAAUCCGCUGUCAAAUAAUGCCAGCAGCUCGUGCUUUUCCAUUGGAAAAACUUAUGGCAUCUUUGCAAGCGUAUCAAAAAGAAAGUCAGCAGAAAAUACUGAUCGAGUACAUAAUGCUUAAUGGCGUAAAUGACGAAGAGCAGCACGCUCAUGAGCUGGCCAAAUUGUUGGAGACUUUUGAAGUGGUUAUAAACUUGAUACCUUUCAACCCAAUUGGAAGUUCUAGUCAAUUCAAAACCAGCAGCGUGGAGAACGUUUUGAAGUUCCAGAAAAUCUUGAGAGGCGUCCAUGGCAUCAGGACAACAGUACGGAAGGAAAUGGGUCAGGAUAUAAGCGGUGCUUGUGGUCAGUUGGUAGUUAAUCUGCCUGAUAAGAGCAAGGGAGCUGCCAAAUUGACUGACAUUGAAGAUCUCCGAUUUUGAGAGUUAUUGUGAUGGCCUUUUUCAUUUGUGUAAGCGUAGUAGCUGAAAUUGCUUUGGUUGAACCCAGGGGUUUAUCAAAACUCUCUGAAUCGCAGAAGCCCCUUAUUAGUAUAGAUAGUGCAGUGAUGCACACUUAUUUUUUCAGAAAGCCGGUGUCUGAACUGACAGUUGCAGGCGUUAUGUAUAACAGAGUUCAGAAUUUUAUAUUCCCUUAAACAAGCAUGAGUAUCCUCUGUCUCUAGCUAUACACAUUAGAAUGUCUACGAAUUUGAGACAACGGAAUGAACAGAUGCAGAAUGGAUGAUGAGCAGCUGGCAGGGUGGCUUUAGCUUGAAGGUGUGAACCUGGUGCACCAUUUAAGAAGAAGGUGAUCAAUCUCAGCAUCCAUUCUGGUUCCAAUCCCUCCCCACACCAGCAUGUGGGCGAGAUCCUCAAGUGUAGAUCCACUAACUUCAUGAACUGCCUUGAACCCAAUCCUUAUGUAGAACUUCACAAGCUUGGAAUGAUAAAGGUCCGAGUCAUUAAUGGCGAGCAACUGAGCCACGUUGCAGCCACAGUCAUAGCCAUGUCUGAUGGCGACAGCUCCAAUGAACAACCCAAUCCCAAAGAUCGACUUCUCCAUCCCAAGCGUCUCUCUUUGCAGCCUAAUGGAGUCCAAGUGAAGAAUCCUCUUCCCCCCUAGCCAGAGCCUCACCAAACCUUCGGCUCUUCCGAGUUCGUUCCCUGUUUCCAAACUCCUUGCUGUGAUUCUGAAAAAGGGUCCUAAAGUUUUGAGCUGGAGGUCUAGAUUUUGGGAUUUGGAACAGGCCAGUAUAUCGGCCAUGGUUGGAGCUGUACUUUUCAUCGCCAUUUUUGGAGGAGUAGCCGUAGGCGAGCAGCUCGGGAAAGAGGGGAUAUAGUAUAUAGAUAGGAUGGCGCGUCUGACUGUCACAUUUAGUGAGGUUGGCUUUGGGAAAGAGAGUCUCCUGUUCAGAUUAUGCAUUAAGUCAUUAACAUCUGGUUGCUG